AUGGCAUCAAAUUUUCUCUCCACAGCAAACCCCUUCCUACCAUCCCCUUCCUCAUCAUCACUAUCCUUUCUAACACCAACCUAUGUUUACUACAACUCCAUGAAAUACACUGUGAAGAGGGAAUUAGGUCUCUGCGAAGCAGCCAACCAGCCAGCACCACAUUCUGCGAUCGUGACAAAAAGAGGCUUGUCCAUCAGCUUCAUCACCAGCUUUGUGCUUUCAUUGGGUCGUAAGAAUAAUGCAAAUGCAGCAAUACUAGAAGCAGAUGAUGAUGAAGAACUCUUGGAAAAAGUUAAGCGUGACAGAAAGAAGAGACUUGAGAAGCAAGGUGUGAUCAGCUCAUCCAAACAAGAAACAGGAUAUCUUCAAGAAGUGGUGUACAAGCUAAGCGCAGUUGGGCAAGCACUUGAAAAUAAUGAUCUAUCUGCUGCUGGUUCUGUCCUUGGAAAAACCACUGACACAGAUUGGGUGCAGAGAGCAAAUAUAGCCUUCAAUAAGCUAAGUUCCAGUCCUGAUGAGAAGACCCAGGUGGACGCCUUCAAUUCCUCAUUAGCUUCCCUUAUUUCAUCAGUUUCUAAAAACGAUGUUGAGUCCUCCAAAAUUGCCUUUGUCUCUUCCGCCACUGCAUUUGAGAAGUGGAGUUCCAUGUCAGGGCUUGCUGCUCAGCUUAAGGGACUUUGA